GAGACGCACAACUGGUGGCUGUAUCUGCACAAUUGAGACAUUCUGGAUCUUGUUGAGACUCAGCCAGAGGAAGACGCCUGGGUAAGCAGGGGAGAAGGACCCUGCCCACCUCCCCGUCCUCAGGAUGAAUGUCUGAGAAAGCAUGAUGUCACUAGUUGACAGAAGGGAACUGGAAGCUCAGAGAGGAUCAUUGUGAGAACUAAAAGGAAGUGAAUUCAUCCCAAGCAAUUGGGAAGGUGCCUGGUGCAAAGUGGGAAGUCAUCAACCACAAUCGCUAAUAAGUAGAGAGCAAGACUCUGACUUGGCUUGGAAGGGGCUGUAGGAGGGGUGAGGUCACACCUCCUUCCAGCCUGACACAGACAAGGAGCUGAUGGGAGGUCUCUGAGAGCCCCUGCUGCCAACAUGAGCUCAGAAAACUUCGGAAACUGCUCAGAUAUUGAGAUCUUUUUUGAGGAGGUCGUUGAAUGUCUCUGGGACAUACUGGGCAGAAAGGAACUGCUCCUCCUGCUGAAUGAAUUCCUGGAAAGAAUUAAGACUGAGGCCACUUUGUCCAGGAAAGAUGCCAAGGAACUACACAAAUAUCUGAAGGAAUUGAACAGAGCCUUGGUUGAGGAGGACCAGGAAAGACUCACCAAAGAGCAGCUGGACAGGAGGAGGUUUCUGAUUAAGUUUCCUCGGGUGAAACGGCAGCUGGAGGAGUUCAUAGGCAAGUUCCACGAGCUCGCAGACAAGGUUGACAAGGUGCAUAAGGGAUGUACCAUCUCCAACGUGGUGGGCUACAGCACCGGUGCUGUGUCUAGUAUUCUGACCAUUGUUGGCCUGGCUCUGGCACCCGUGACAGCAGGGGCCAGUGUGGUGCUCUUGGCCACUGGGAUAGGGCUGGGAGCAGCAGCGGCUGUGACCGGUGUGUCCACCAGUAUCAUCGAACAUGUGAAGAGGUCAUCAGCAGAAACCGAAGCCAGUCACAUGUCAAGUGUCGUCAAGAAAUGGAAGGUUCUCCUAGAGGUACUCAAGGGCAACCCCCACAUUGUUGAUACAGCAGAGAAAGUCACAGAAGCUGUGCAAUGUAUUGAAAUGAACCUGCAUGCCAUGGAGACAGGCAAUGUCAACCCUGACUCUGCACCCAAUGCACACAUCUACAUGAGCCCUGCGAGGAUCUCAGUCCCAGCCAUCCAGCACAUAGAGGGGGGUUUCAAAGCCACAGCUUUAACAAUAACCAAAGGAGCCCGGAUUGCGGGCUUGGCCACUGCAGGGGUCUUCUUUCUGGUGGAUGUGGGCUUGCUGGUGAAGGAGUCAAAGCACUUGCACGAUGGUGCCAAGACAGUAGCAGCUGAUAGCCUGAGGCAGCGGGCAUGGGAGUUGGAGAGGAAGUUGGAGGAGCUCACCCAGAUCUAUGAGAGUCUGCAGGAGGACCUGAUUUAGCCACCCCCAGAGCAGUGAGGGGUCCAGGGACAUGUGAGGGGCUAACAUGCAGAGGUACCUUGUUAGAGGGAAAGAGAGGGAGACCACAUUAAUGAAGCUGGGUGUUAGGAAUUGGCAUUUCUGUGGUUGAGCACAGCAGUGCAGGGAUGGAUGUAGGUGAUGGAUGAGGAGAGGGAAGGAAGGGGCCUGGAGCCUGGAUUAAGGGAGGAGGGGGCACCAGAGAAUGAGAGGCGGGGAGAAGCGACUUUUUUUUCAUACUAAGAACAUUUUACUUUGUGUUAGAGUAUAGCCGAUUAACAAUGUCGUGAUAGUUUCAGGUGAACUGCAAAGCGACUCAGCCAUACACACACAUGCAUCCAUUUUCCCCCAAACUCCCCUCCCAUCAGAAACCACUUCCUUUGGACUAAAGAUGACCCUGGAGGCAGAAUAAAGGGAGAGUCAGGUGAACUAGCAAUAAAAGGCCCGGUAUACAAACGGGGUGAAAAUGGGAUAAAGUCAGAGAGUUAGGAUUGUUGGGAUCCAGAAGGAAUAGGGGCUCCUCUAUCACCAUCCCCAGGCUGUGAUGUCCCAGCAAGAAGAGUCUUCCCCUGCUGGUGGUCUCUGGACCUCUCCUCCACAUCAACUCACCUGUGGCCCUAGCUGAUGUAUCUUAAUAAGGCAGUGACUUCUUUUGUUUGUUUGUUGUAUUGAAGGAUAAUUGAUUUACAGUAUUCUAUUAAUUUCAGGUAUACAGCAAAGUGAUUCAAUCAUACAGGUAUCUAUGUAUUUAUCUGGGCUUUGCAGGUGGUAAAGAAUGUGUCUGCUAAGCAGGAGACACAGGUUUCAUUCCUGGGUAGGGAAGAUUCCCUGGAGGAGGAAAUGACACCCCACUUCAAUAUUCUUGUCUGGGAAAUCCCAUAGACAGUGGAGCCUGGCCUGCUACAGUCCAUGAGGUUGCAAAGAGUCAGACAUGACAGAACAUCUGAGCAUGUGUAUAUCUAUAUUUUUUUUUUAUUCAUUUCCAUUAUAGCUUAUUAUAGUUCAUUACAAGAUAUUGAAUACUGUUCCUAUGCUAUUACAGUAGGCAAGCCCUUGUUUAUCUGGUGUGUAUCUGUUAAUCCCAUCUCCUAAUUUAUCUGUCCCCCCAAAGCUUUGGUAAAAAUUUCCUUUUCUGUG